AUGGAUCUGUUCUGUGAACUACGAUGCGCAGAAAAUCGUUUUUGUGUUGCGUUUAAUUACAAGACAAAAGUCGAUGAAAAGGAGCUCAACUGUCAGCUAACCAACACAAAACAGCAUAAAUUUGAUGUGCGCCACUUUACCAAGGAAGAACAGGUGUGGACGUUUCAUGAGGCUAAAGUCGAUAGGAGUGACUUUGCCUACUGCCGGGGAGAAGUGAAUGAAUGUCAAAAUGGUGGAACCAUGAUCUGGCAUCCAGAAAAACUUUUUUCAUGUCAAUGUCUAGAAUGUUACGAAGGAGAAUUUUGCGAAAACGGUUUAGUGCGUAAGGCUCUUGGAAUGGAGAGCGGUGAUAUUAAUGAUGAACAAAUCACAGCAUCAAGCGAAGCUAAUGGCAAGCAUAGGGCUGCAAAUGGAAGAUUAAAUUUCAGACCACGGGAUGGAAGAACAGGGUCGUGGUCAUCAGGGAGUCAUGAUCCUAAUCAGUGGCUUCAGGUUGAUUUCCUAAGAUCUACUCUGGUUACUGGGAUCAGCACCCAAGGACGGGCCGGGAAAAAACAAUUUGUAAAGAAUUACACAAUCUCUUUCAGCAAAGAUGGAGUAGAUUUCCAGAGUUUUCCGCAGGAAUUCCAAGGAAACACAGACAUGAAUACCAUUGUCCAUAACACGGUGAUUCCUCAUAUUUCUGCUCGGUUUAUUCGCAUUCACCCUACAGCCUGGUAUGGACAUAUCUCGAUGAGAGCCGAAUUUUAUGGUUGUUCUUUGGUGUAA